AAUGCGCCGGUCAUUUGGCGCAUCCCCACUCUACUACUCAUAACCCCCGGAAUCGAUGAUGUUUUGUUAUUCUUCGGGAACACGGACAAGAUGGCCGAUUAGGUUAAGCCAGUGUUUUUUUAAAAGUUUUCAUAUCGAUUACUUAUCGUUAUACGUAUAUUAAAUUAGAUGUUAUGCGAAAUAUUCGAGUUUACAUCACCAACAAUCAAGUGUUUUGUGCGACAAGGGCCGCGGCCACCACAAUCGUAUUUCCUGGGCGACACAAGCCGACACGUUCAUAAUGUUUACGUUCCAGGUACAUGUAGAAAAUGUUUUAUUUACUUGACAUUUACUCGAAUGUUCGUGGGUUUCCAGUAUGUAGUUGGUUUGAAAAAACCAUCCAAUAUCAAGACACAUCCGUCAGUAUUUGCUUGGAACUCGGUGGUCCCUCGGCACCGGUGUUUGCGAUGCAAUAUUUCAUAUGACGAACACUGAAAUGAAAUGGCGGUAUUUUCAUUUUAAUACUAAAUUUACCCUGCUUAUCACUUGUUUGCCGGUUUAAAAUUCCCAAGCAUUGUCUGUAAUGUUUAUUCAAGUUUUCCUACAUAUUGUUAACUUUUCGCCAGGUUUAUAGGCUACAAAUUAAAUUCCCUUAACCUCUCACUAUUUAGUUCUUACACUACAUCAAUUAGCCAAUUUUAUGAACAGAACAUGAAUAUAUUGUAUUGUCGUGUGAAAAGUAUUGAAAUACAUACUUUUAAAAUUUCAAUAUUUUGCAAAAGAUUUUAAGUUUGAAGUUUAUCUCAUUUAAUACAAUUUAUUUAUUACUUUUAAUAUUUAUACAUAACCUAUACUAAUGUGAUGAUCUUCUGUUACAAGCACAUUCAAACAGUCAAUAUGUUACAUUUUAAACCUUUUUAUAUCAAAUCACUUGAUUACACAUGGACAAUUAUAAUUCCCCUAUUCUAUUAUGAAAAUAUUACACUUCCAUAAUACAUUCAUUUUAUCCCUACAGAUACUUUCAUAUUAAUUUAAUACUUUUGUUUAUUUGCAUUUGUUUCAAGUUUAACUAAAAAUAUUUUUAGAAUUUGUAAAUGUCAAUAAAAUAAACAAUAAUUAGAUAUCUUUAUAGUAACUAAUAGUUUUCUGAUCCCUUUUUUUUAUAUUCUACUUGAAUAGACUGUUAUGUAAACUCAUACCUAACCUAUUUCUAUUAAAUUUUUAUUUCGGGUUAAAAUGGUAACAUACUAUAAUCAUGUUCAGCAUUUUAAAUAACAAGAUAAUUUGAUACCAAUAAAUAUCUAUAAUAUUACUUUUAAGAUAAUAAUAAAAUAAAUUAUCUAGUUUCAAACUUGUUUAGUAGGUAGGUAUGUGUAUUAAUAAUAAAUCAAUGAUUUCAUUUUUUUUAAAAAAAUAUUCAUAAAUUAUGCAAUAAUAUUUUUUUUUAAAUUGUAUUAAAUAAUGUAAUUUGAUUUAAAAUGUUAUAGAAAUAAUUUAAGUAUAGUUGAAUACAUAACAUAUUAUACUUAUUAAAAAAUAUACACCUAGGUUCUCUUGCUCUGUUAAAUAAACAAAUACCAACACUUGCCUAUAUAUUUAUUGAAGAAAGUAUACGAUUCAAAAUAAAUAUUUAUUUUAUUGAUACAAAAAAUAACUAGUUCUUAAUUAUUUUCAUAAACUAAUAUUAUCAAGCGCAUGAAUAAAUAUAUUGAAAUCUACCAUUUAUAUGAAUAGUGUUAACAAAAUACAGUGUAAUGGACUUGUGAUAAAAAAAAUUCAUAGUAUAUCAUUCAUCUAAGACCUAUUUUGUUUUUAGUCAAUUCUAUGUGUUCGUAUUCAUAUUUUUUUGUUCUACUACUUUUAUCGAUCUAUCUAAUCUAUUAAAAUCAACUAAAAGUUCAAAUAUUUAAUUUAUUUAAAUGCAUGUUUAUAAAAUUAUAUAAGUGCCUAAUAAGUACAAAUUAAAAUGUUUUGUAAUACCUAAGUGGUUAUGAGAAAAUGCAGUUUAUGAAUUAUUAAUUAGGUUCAAGAAACCUUAUCCAUAGGUCAUAGUUCUGGGCUUCAUAAUAAUAUUACCAAUAUACAUAAUUUUUAAUUUUUUUUGACAAAUCCAUCUACUGUAGUUUUUUAGUUGACUAUUGUUAAAUUAUUACAUUUAAUUUCAAACUUCUAUUUUUUGUAAUAUUGAAUUCUAAUUGUUAUUAGGUAUAUCACUAAGAUUGUUGUAAUAGUAUUCAAUAUUGUUUUAUAGUAAUAUUGUUUACUUUUAUUUAUUUUGCAUAGCAAAAUGCCAGUACGAAUUAAAUGUCCAUAAUUUACAACAUAUAUUAUGUACCUAUCUAUUUAGUUUCCCUCCAAAAAUGAAUAGCAUUACUGUUACAAGUAUAAUAAUAGUUUCGAUAGAUAUUUUGUUACAUUAUUACUGGUUUUUCUUCACAGUUGUAUACAUUUCAUUGUUAGUCAUAAUGGUGUUUCACUAUGAUUGCUGAGUUCUUAUUACACAACUUAAAAUACCUAAUAUAUAGAAAUAAAAAUGAUAGCAGGCUGCAGGAAAUUAAUAAUCAACUAAGUUUUUGUCAACUGUCAUACAAAUAUAUUGCCCUUAAACACCUCCCCCCUCCAAGAAAUUAUAUCUAAUUUGACAAUUGUGAAAACAACAAUAUGCUGUUUAGUAUAUAAACGUAUCAAAAUCAUAUGUAACUGUAGGUAUUUAAUCCAUUAUUAUUUUAAUGCAAGUCCUUCGAAACUCUGGUGAGUGCGCACACAUAAUAUUAUUGUAUUUGCGUGUAGUCUCCCCUAAUCCGGUAGGCCAUAGAUUCCGUGUCUCUGAAGGGGGGUAUAGCCCUACCUAUAUUAUCCGUAUAAAACACAAGUAUUGUAUUUAUGUAGUGUGCGUACGCGAGUUUUGCGCAUAGGGCCAUGCUAUGAUUAUAUUGUACGCGGGUGGGGAGUAAAGCGCGAAGAGUCCGAGAGCGCGAGCGCGCGUUUGUGAGCUGCGAGUAGACUGGUGAUCAGCUACCGGCGGCGCGACGACCGGCAUGUGCCGGAUGCCAAAAGAACCCGGUCGGAAUUGGCGGGAGCAGCAGUGUCGUUCCGUUGGUGCAUACGCAAAUAAUUUAAUGUACUGAUUAUUAUUAUUUACGUAUAUAACACGCGCACCACUCACACACGCACAAACAUAGUAUAUUUUUUUUCUCUUCUAUUGUGUUUACCUACAUACUACUCUUCCCGUCUAAUGUUUGAAUGCGCAUGCGUGUAUUCGUCGCGCCGCCUCCCGCCCACGGGACACCACAAUGCCCCAUUGCGAGCCCCAUCCGUCACCACCGCGGCCUUGCCACUAUAUUAUUAUAGUGUAUGAAGCGGUUGCUUGUUUUUGUAUAAAGCGCCGCCCUCUAACGUCAUAGUGCCGCCGUCGCGGCGUGGCUGUUUUGUCCUUUGUCGCCACCCAUAUACCUCUACGCCGUUCAUGCGCCCGCGUCGUUUUUACAGCACACCGUUCAGCUGUAGUCGAUACUGAAACGUACGCUUGCCUUUACGACUUUGGCUACUGCAGUCUCGUCGCUCGUUUCCGCGUUUCAACAAUAAUUGCACGCUGUCCCGUCUUGUUGUUGAAAUAAAAUUAUCAUUAUGGAGACGGCCCAUAUCCUUCAAUUAUUUCCCAUAACGUUGUCCUUUCGCAUUUUCCUCACGCCCCUCUCCGACAUCACUAUUCGAUAGCAGAUAUGAGUUUUUCUUUCGUCACAUUCCGACGUUGUCGUUUUCUCAAUUAUUUUAUUCCGCAGCGGAAAAAAAAUUAUUUUUUUUAGAAGAUAUGAAUUACCCGCCAAAGUUAAUAAUUAAGUACCAUGUAUAAUAAUUCCAGAGCCCGGUAGUCCAGUAAAAAACACUGACCCGGGGCUGGACUUAUCUAUAAACUCUGUGUAAUAUAUCUGAUCCGGACUGGACUAUUCAAUUAGUUUUCUGGACCCAGUCUAACUACAGCCUUAAUUGAACAAUAUAUGAUAUGGCUAAGUAAAUAGUGCAUUAAUUUGUGCUAUUUAUUAUAUAAAUGUAAUUAACAAUACAUUUAAGGUAGAUCUUCUAUGUACUAUUAAUUAAAAAAUGACUUUUCAGUGUUGUCGUUCAAACAGUGAACAAAUGGAAAACAUACUGUCUAAUAAUAAGAGUUAUUUGAAUUUAAUCAAUUAUAGGUAUAUGUAAUCAUGUUUAAUCUAAAUGUAUCUAGACAAUUUUAAAUCCUAAACUAUCAAACUUUUUGAAAACAUAAUACUUUUGAUAUUAUCUUAGUUUCAUAUGUAUAAAUGACACAAUAUUAAUUAAAUUUAUUUUCAAGAAUGAAGAUAGUUAAACCUAAUAAUUAUAAUUUAUCUUAUAUUUAUUUAUAAGCGUAAUAUUCAAUUUAUAUGGACAGUCUGUUAAUGUUUUUAAAUUUGUCUAUUAAAGAAUCCAAUCUUAUUACUUGUUGGUUUUCUUAUUUUAUAAAAAGGAAAAUAAUCUUCCUAAUACUAUAGUAGUUCAAUUAAGAAUGUUAUCACAAUUUUGUAAUAAAUAAUAAUUUAUAACUAAAUUUGUUUUGUUGAUUCAAAAAUGGUGUCUAUUCCAUUUGAAAUAAAAAAUUUUAUAUUCCUUUUUGUUGCAACUAAUUCAGUAUUAGUUGAAUUAAAUUUGACUAAUUGAAAAUAACAGACAAUCUACCAGUAUAAUAUGAUCUAAAAAAAGUUAAGUUUAGUUGAAAAAUAUUGGGUAAAUAGUUAACGCUUGUAAAUAUGGAUUUAUUCUUGAAUGUAACAAAAUUAUUACAAACAAAUGUGUUUAUUGUUUGUUAGUAAAUGAAUGCUUAUUUUGUCCUCUAUGUGUAUUGAGUAUAAAUGUAUUAUUAAAUUAACAUUAAAUGGUAUCAUUUGUAUAAGGUAUCUAAUAUAUUUAAUUUGGAUUUUCAUUUAUAGGAUAGAGCAAAAGUUAGUUGGUGAUGGAAUCGGAUGGUAGUGUCAGGACACCGGGAAGCGCCGCUUACUUUCUUGUAGGGUCGAGUCGCGUGUCAUGUGGUUCAGCUGUUUCUGGUCAGUUGACUAUCCCCGUUGGCCGCCCUAUGUCCAAUCAGGAUGUUUCAGGACCCAGUCUUAUUGUUCAGAUGACACCAUCUCGCAGUCAAACACAAGAUCACCAUGCACGUACCACUGUGGUCCGCACAGCAAAUCAACCAGUCACCAUGCAUCGGUUUCCUUUACAGCUCAAUCAUACCAGUGCCAAUCAUAUACUAUCACCAAACCAGCACUUCAAACAUAUACCUGUUUAUCAGGUAAAAAUUGUAUUAUUUUUUUGUGUUAUAUCUCCACAGGUAUAUUAUUUUAGUAAAGUAAUUUACUUUAUUAUUGUUUAAGGGAUAACUACAUAAGUGUUAGCUUAGGUGUGGCUUUUAUAGUAGAGAAAAUUAGAGAAAAUGUUGUGCAUAUAUCAUCGGGAGAGAGGAAUCUGAAGCACUAAGCAUUGUAAUGAAAAUAAACUCAGGAGGAAACGGGUAGAGAGAUAUGGAGAGAAUGACUGAAAAAGAGAUGGUUGGAUGCGAUUGAGAAUUAUAUGAUAAUAGCCCGUGUAGUAGAUAGAUACAUAGGAGAUCUGGUUAAAUAGAAAUUUAAAAUUAGGAUGGUUAACUCCAAAUAGUUAGAUGACAGAGAAGAAGGAGUACUAUAUUAUUGUUUGUUUUUUAUUUAUAGCAGAGAAAUACCAGUUCCAUACAAAUGGAAUCUGUUCGAAAAAACGUUUUUGUUUCAACCCCGGUGGCUUCACCACAAUUACCUUACAACCGAGUUGGAUUAACACCCCAUAUGUUAAUGACCUACAUGCCAUCUAGAAAUCGGUUACCAAAUAAUCAACGAACUCGUGUUGUUCCUGUAAACCGACCUAAGUAGGUUUAUAAACUUUUAAUUUGUAUUUAUUUGAUGUCCAUCUAAUGCAUAUAGUACAAUAAUUAAAUGUAUUAUUAUUUUAGCACUGUGUUAAAACAAGAUCAUAGUACAAGUGAUGAUGACAUAUUGGAAAUUACUGAUCUUAAACCAUUAUAUGACCCAAAAAAUCCAGUUGAUGUAAUUUCAUAAAUGCACAAUUAAAUUAUAAAUUUAUUAUAGUAAAACUUACAUAAAUAAAAAUAUUACUUUCUUGAUUUACAGCUGAUUAAAGUUGAGCAUAAUUAUUGCUUUAUUCCAAGAGUAACACACCAUCGAAAAAACAAACAAGUUAAUGGAUCGACGCCAAAAUUAAAUCUCAGUGCUGGUAAAUCUUGUAUUGUAUCUCCUACAGUCUCCCAAACACAAACUCCUCAGUGUAAUGUUGUAACUAAUAAUAAUAGAGGUAAAUAAAAAUAAUUUAGUAUAUUCGAUGAUUGAUUACAUUUUUAAUUGCAUGUUAUUUAUAAUCUAGUUAUCCAAAAGCCAUUAAAUACUCCAAUUAAUGUGCCAGUAACAAAUACUGAAUCUCCUCUGCAACCAUUGGUUAAGUGUGAAUCACCAAUUCAAAUAGAAAGUGAAUUAAGUGCAAGUGAUCAUGAUCUUGAUGGUCAAGGAGAAGAAACUGAUACUGCACCAGAAGCUGUAGCUGAAGGUAAAGAUAAUGUCAAAUCAGAAGAACCUGCAAUAACAAGAUGUAUUUGGUGAGUAAACAAAUAAUGUUAAUGUUUAAGAGUUAUAAUGAAUAUUAUUUUGAAAAAUAGUUAAAUCAACAUUUUUUUAUAUUAUAUUUUAGUGAAAUGGAACAUGAUGAUGGGUUUAUGAUAAGCUGUGAUAAAUGUUUGUAAGUAUUUGUUACUGUGAUAUGUAUAUGAUUUUUUAAGUAAACAAUUUUUAUUAUGCUAUUAUAGUAUUUGCAUAUUUAAGUGUUUUUUAGAGCAUAAUCAUAAAAAAUUGUAUACUUGUUACUUAAAAUCAUAAACAUAUAUAUGCUAUUCAUCUUUAGUUAAUAGUUCACAAUGAAAUUAACUUAUAAGUGUUUUAAAUGUACAAGUAUAAUCUUCCAUUUAAGAUUUUGAGUGGAUCGAGGAAUGUAUUGGUUUUAAAAUUAUGUUUUUUAUUAUUAUUUUUUAUUCCAGCAAUUAAUUAAUUUAAAAUUCUAUUGAUAAUUACACCAUAAAAUAUUGAACGAUGAGUUAGACUGUGUUGAAUAUGUACGUGGAUACCAUUCAUUGAAAAAUUGAUAUAAAAGAGAAAUUAUGUAAAUCCUAGUAGAGUGAAAAAUAAUCAAAAUGAGCUAAUAUCAUAUUCUUAACAAUUUACAAUCUUCUGCUAACCUAAUCUUUAUCAAUUUUUUAAUAAUUGUUGUAUUAUGUUAAUAUUGAACAAAAAAUUAUUUUAUUGCAGUAAUUUUUCUUGGUUUUUAUUUUUUUUAUCAUUUGUAGAAAGGUAUAAAACUAUUGUUAGUAAAAACCUAAUUAGAUUGACUUUGUGUUUUUGAGAACUAACGUAUUAUAUUCAAUUUAUGGUGAAGAAACAAGGGACGAAUCUAUACUAAUUCAAGUGUGUAAUGUAAAAAUACCCGGAAAUCAUGUAUUGCAGAAACAGUGCAAAUCCAGAACAUCACAGUACUCCUCUAGCUAACAAUAGGAUUAUAUUUUAAUUUUUUGUUUAUCCCAUCAAGUACUUUCUAUUUAAUCUCUCAAUUUCAUCACCAAAUAUCACCGAUAGUUUUCAGCAGUAUUUUUUGUUUUUUCCAAGUAACCUUAUUUCUCAAAUAGGUGGUUCUAAAAUUGUAAUUUAUAUAUUUUGAAUCAAUGUUACAGAGUUUGGCAACAUGUUGACUGUGUAUUGGAAAGUAGAAAUAAUCUUCCUGAAGAAUAUUUAUGUGAACGUUGUUCACCAAGACCUUUUAAUAGAGAAGCAGCGGCAGCUUUACAACACAUGAAAUUGGCUAAACGAAUAUCAAUGGCAUCAGCUUCACAUUUAACACAUUCUAGUGACUCUGAUAUCUCUACGGAAAUUGGUAAUAUAAUUGUUUAUAACUCAUUAAAAAUGAGUUGAACCCAUUUAUUUGGGACAGAACAAAACUUCAACUUGGCUUGUAGUAUUCAUGCUGAACUUAGACAAAAAUUUUAAUCCAACUGAACUCAAUUUAAACUAAAACUUAAAUUAAUAUUGAGAAUUUAAAAUACUAAUAAUGUUAAUAUUGCUAUUAAUUAUUAUUAGAAAUCUGGGUUUUAGGUUUAAACAAUUACUGGUAAUUUAUACAGUUUUAGGAGAGUAAAAAAAGUGAACUACAUUUUUAGAAUAUUUUAGAGGUUAGGGGGGAAUAUUUAGUAUAUUUUGUAAAUUGAAAGAAAUAAAUGAUUAAUUAAUUUUAAGGUUAAUGCCUAUAUAAUUGUUUUGGCAUACAUGCAGUUAGGUCCCCGUACUCAUUUUUAGAUUUUUAUUUUAUUUUUAUGUAAAAUUAGUUUUAAGGUGCUGAAUUUGUUCCAAUUGUCAUCAAUUAUUAUAAUUUUGAAAUUAAGAACACAUACUAGUUGCAUCAUUAAAUUGUUAAUAAAUUGCUACACUUGUGGCUUUUUGUUAAAAAAAAAAAAAUUAAAAAAUUAUAGAUAAUAUUCGCAUCAUAUGCCAUAUUUCUUAUCUACAAAUCCAAAUUACCUAUAGCUAUAACUGAAAUUGUUAAAUUAUUUAUGAUAUUUAAUUCACUUUUCAUUAAGUAAAUAAAAACGUAUUUCCUGGUCGUAGAUAGGAUCAACAACCAUAAUUAUUAGAUUUCACUGUUUAUUGCAUCUGAAAUUGUGGAUUGCAAUAAAAUAUAUUUCUUAACCAUAAUAGAUUUAAUAAUUUUCAGAUUAAAAAUAAAUAAAGUGACAAGAAUUUGUAAAAAAAAAAAAUGAGCAAGUUGUUGUCUGAGUAGUAUGAGUCAAUUUUAAAAAAUCUCACUAUUAUGUAAAUUAAGUUUCAAAUUCCAACUAUAAAUGUUUAAAAGAACCUCUAAAACUAAAAUGUUCAAAAAAUAUAAAAUAAAAUUUCUUAUUAUUUUCCUUUUGUAACAAAACAAUCAUCAUCAAAAAACCAAUUUGGAAAAUAAUGAAAUGUGCAUUGAAGUAGCUUAUAACAAAAAUAUGCCUUUUUUUUGACAUAAUAAAUAAUGUAAUAUAGAUAUUUAACAUGAUUAUUAGAAUCCAUAAAAAUGAAUCUUGGAUUGUUCCAAUUAUUUUAUUAUUUUUUUUAAUUAUUUCUAAUGGAUAGUUAUAGUUCCACUCAUUUUACAAAAUAGACCAUAUAAAUGUAUAGUUUAUUUUGUUAAGUAUAAUUCACUAAAACAUAUUAACAAUUUAUAAAUUUAUCCGUGGAAAAUCUUUUUAAUAUUUCUGUAAUUAUUUUAAUAUAAGUUAGUAGUCAUGUAUUAUGUACUGUAAUAUACUGUAACUGCUAACCAUCAAAACCUUGUAAGUUGAUUUUAAUAAAAUUCCCAAUGAAGAGAUAAACUGUAGAACUUGAGUAACUACGCAUUUUUGCUUUUGUGUUUUAUUUUAUAAAAAAAAAUGCCUUGAAAUAUACUAUUAUGAUAUUAUAAUGGGAAGAAAAAUAUAGUGUCUAUAAUCAAAAUUUUGAUUUAUGAUGUUUUGAUAUUUUACAUUAUAAAAUAUUUAUUUAUGUAUUUUAUGUUUUUCAGAUAUGCCAAUAGAUCGUAAUAAUAUUAAAAAUAAAAGAAAAAAAUACAAGAGCCGCCAAAAAAAUGUUCCCAAACGAAAGCCAGGUUUACAAACACAAAUGAAACAACGGCGAAAAAAUGGUCCACCACAGAGUGGUCCAAGAAAAAAGUGUUCAAUGACUCCUGAAAAAAAGGCUUUAGCUGAAGAACGCAAGAAAAUGUUGAUUAAACGUAAAGAAAUGCUCUUAGAAAAAAAACGAUUAGCAGCAAUGGACAAAAAGAAAAAAGUUAAUCAAGAAAAAAAAAUACAAAAAAAGAAGGUAUAUUUUUUUAAUAAUUAAAUAUAUUUAAAUAAUAUAAAUUAUUUGAUAUUAUUUAUCAUAGACGAUUGAUUCAUCUGACGACGAGCCAAAAAUAUUUAAAGUUGAUAAACCUAACAAACAUAAUAAAUCAAAUAUUGAUCAAUCUGUUGAUCAGUUGCGAAAUUGGAUUGAUAAAUACGAAGAAGCAGUUACUAAUCAUUAUUCUCAAGAAUUACGUGCUAGGCUAUCAUCAAUUAAACCUAAUGGUACUAUUAUAACUGGUGAAAUUCGUACCCCUGUUAAAAUUCCCAUAAGUAGGACUAAAAUAUCAUUACUUCCUAGUGGGAUAAAAGUAUGCAAUUUUUAUUUAACUUAAUUUUUUGGAGUAUAAGUUAUAAAACAUGUAUGGUUACAGAUGCUAGUCAGUAGUUCAGUAUUGGCAAACAACCAACCAAUAAUUGAAGUGAGAGGAAAAUUUACAUGGACUGGAUCAUUAGCAUACAAAGAUCCAAUACCAAAUCGAACAGAUCCUUAUGUAUUUUUUUAUGUUGUACGAUUUUCUACAGACUGCGAUAUAGAAGUCUGUGUUGAUUGCCGUACGUAUGGCAAUGACGCCCGUUUUGUUCGACGUUCAUGUAAACCAAAUGCAGAGGUAAAAUAAAAAGAAUAUUAGAAUAUUGUAACAUACUUUAUAGCAUUUUUUAUUUUUAGUUAAAGCAUUACAUCGAAAAAGGUUCUAUUCAUUUGUAUAUAGUGGCAAAUCAAUAUAUUGAAAAAAAUUCUGAAAUUACCAUAAGUCAUCAAGCUGCAGUUCCAUUUAAACGGUGCAAUUGUGGAGAUCCGUCAAAAUGCACAGCUAUGAACCCAAUUUCUCCUGUAACAGCACCACCUGUUUCUGUCAUACUAGAAAGUUCUUUGUCUCCAUUGAUUGAUCCAACUGUCAGUCAUUCGUCUGAUGAUGAUGAUGAUAGUAAACCGCAAAGAAAUAAAAGAACUAGACAACAAAGAAAUAUGAAGAAGUCUAAUAAUAAAAGAAUACUAAAAAGAAAAACUUCCAAAUGUGAAACUCCAUCACCACCAUCUUCUAUUAAAAACAAAGAGCCUAAUGGGCCAGGUCGACCAAAAAGCCCUGUUAAAAAGGUUGAAACAAGCCCUGAACCUCUUGAUCAUAAGUCCAACAACAACGAUAAAAUGGUGAAACGAUUAAAUGAAAUGGUAAAAUAAAAUGUUUAACCUUACGAAUAUUUCUUAAUUGAAUGUUUUUUAACUGUAGAUUUAUUUUACAGUCUAGAGAAGAACGAAAAAUGGUUGCAAUUAUGAAAGCUUUUGAAAGAAUGGAAAAAAAAGAAGCUCGAAAACAAGAAUCACGGUUACAUAAAGAAACAGAUAACUUCAAUAAUUCUUCACCUCUUAAUCUAAAUAGAAACAGAGUUAGAAAAGGUGUUGUAAAGUGAGUAAUCUCUUUUUUUAUUAUUAUUUAAAAUCGAGAAAAUAAAAGUUAGGUAAAUAAUUCUUGAUAAAUAUUUAUUUUUCUCAGAAGAAAACAACGACCUUCUAAUAAAACUGGUCGCUCCAAGUCAACAAGAACAAAUAGGCCACAGCGUAGAGCAGCAGCUAUUUCUUCUCGUUCCUAUAAUAGUUCAUCAGAUGAAGAUGACAAUAACAAUGAUGACGAUGAUGAUAACGAUGACCGUAAAGGACGUUUGUUAUCUAGGAAACGAGCUCAAAAUCGUUGUAAAUUUUCAGUACGCUUCCAACAUAGACCAUCAACUCAAUCAUCUGUUUCUCGUUCAAUGUUACGGCGAUCACCUCACUCAAAUCUACUCAACACUCCUGCCAAUAAGAUAGAUAGUGAAGAUGCAAGUGGUUCUGAAGGAACUCUUCCAACUCCAUUAUCUAAUACUUGUAUGUUAGUAGCAGCUGCUGUUGGACCACUUGCUCCGGGAUUCAAAUUUCCUAAUACAAAAAAAGUAAUGUUUUUAAAUAAAUUAUUUUAUUUAAAUUUUUAUUUAAUAUAACAUGUAUUUAAAUUAGGAUUUCGUUAACUCUUGGGUGAAAUCUGAAGGCAACUCUCCAACGGGAAGUGAAGACUAUAAACUAGGUGAAGUUGGUUGUGCAAAAAAACGAUGGUUACAACAAGCUAUUAGUGAACAAGGUAAAUAUUUAAUGUGUUCUAAAGCAGCCUAAUCUGAAUCUAUUAAAAAAAAUCAUGGUGUUAAUUUAAAAGUAUAAUUUUCUUUUUAGAUUCAGGUGGAAUUAAUAAUGGAGAUCAAAAAGUUGGUCCAUUAAAAAAACGGCGAAUGGCCCGAGAAUCCAUGUCUGAAUGUCCAUCACCAACAGUUUCUGGUUCAGGACAUUUAAGUUUUGUGGAAGAUGAUAUUAUUGAAGAUGAAGAAGUUGAGCAAGCAUCACGAAAUAUUGCUUCUAUUGAUUCUAAAUUAGCCAUAUUUAAGGUAUUUAUUAAAUCAUUAUUUACAGUUCAUAAUAAAAAUUGAACAAUUACUAAUUCAAUAAUUUGUUUUGUUGCAGAAUAAGAAUGUGUCGUUAAUGGACAUACAAAAGUCAUCUAAUACUGUAGCUUUAGUUGAAUCGUUCUUGGGAGAAUUUAAACCUGAUGAAGAAAGCUCCUCAGAACCCUCUCUAGACAAUAAAUCAAAUAUUAAAAUGAUUUCUGAAAACCAAAAUUAUGAUUCUCAGAUAUCUAAAGAAGAAAUUUUAAAUACUUUAUCAAAAAAGACUCAAAAACUUAAAAUCGAAGUUUCAAAUAAAAUGAAAAGUUAUCAAUUAGAUACUGCUGAUAUUAAUUUAGCAGUACAUAAAUAUGAUGAUGCUCCAAAAGAAACUAUCGAAAAAUGUUUUGUUCAUAAGAAGCAAUCCCCUCCGCCCCCAUCACCACAAUUACAACCUUCACCGCAAUCACCACCACCACCACCACCAGUUAAGCGCAAGGUAAGACAGUUUUAUAAUAAAUUUUUGAAUAUUUAAUAUUAUACUAUACAUAGUUUAAUUAUUAAAUUAAAAUUGUAUUUCAGUUGUCAAUAUCAGAAUAUAGACGGCGUAAAGAAUCACAAGCUACUGUCACUAAAGAAAAAGAAACUGAAUCAGGAGCCAGUGAUGCGACUAGACCAUCGCCUUCGGUAUCUCCCAAUACAAGCCUUGCAGCUUAUGAAGAGAUAACCCAACAAGUUAUAGCUAAAUCACUUGAAUUGGAGUCAAAAUUGGCACUCAAGUCUGGUCCAUCUAUAUUUGAAUCAAGUGUUUCUAAAGAAGAACCCAAAUGGGAAAAUCUAAAUGAUAGGUUAAGGAGACAAUUUGGUGUCAACAUCACUGAAGAUUUACCAAAAAGACAUCCCAGAUUGUCCCCACCUGAUUUCACACCCAUUGAACAUUCACGAUGUAAGAAUUUUGAAAAUAACUAUACUUUACAGUUAUAAAAAUUUGAUAAAUACUAAAACAAUAUGGGUGUGGAUAUGGUUAAUCAGUUUAAUGAACAAAUAGGUAUAAAAACAAAUUAAUUAUUUAUUUUAAUUCUCUGACAAAUGCGUCUAACAUACAUUUAUUAUUUGUUUUUUACAUGUAUAGAAUGAUUUAUUUUUUUUAUCAUAAUCCUUAAUUUUUAUUAGAACUGAAGAUUUUGAACCCAAUUGAUUCUGGUUCAUUAUAAAUUUUUAUUUUCGAAUAAUAAACCCUUCCUUUAAAAAUUGUAGCAGUUCAAAAUUUAGACUUGAGGGAUAGGGAAUAGAAUGCUUAUUAUCUAUAAUGGGUAUAAAAUUGUUAUAACUCAUAAAUGGUGUAUCUAAAAUUUGCUUGUUAAUAAGUGUUAAAAAAUAUUCUCUGUUGGAAUGAUGGACGAUUCCAUGAUUGGAAAAAGGAAAUACUGCACUUGUAAUCUCUGGAUCAUGAUAAAAUAAAAAUACCUUGCAUACUAAUUAUAAUUCAAAUUUUAUUAAAGAAACUAUAGAUAGAUAAUCUUUAAUUAAAUAAUUAAACAAUUAUAACGCAUAAUUUAUAAGUAUUCAAUUUUUAUUUCAGAUCCAUAUUAUCAUCGUUCAGAAGAACAACUCUAUUCAUGCGCAAAAGAGGAUAUAUUGUUACCAUCAACCGUUAUUCACGAAAAUGGUCCCCCAAAGCUUUUUACUCCUUCAUCACAAGCAUAUUUUUCAUCUAUGUUUUUUAGACAGCCACCUCCCCCACCACCACCUCCUCCAGUAUGAUUAAAUAUUUGAUUUCAAUACACAUCAAGCCAUUAAACACUACACUUAAGUUAACUGAUUAAAAUUUGUAUGAAUCAAUUAUGUUUUAAAUUAAUUAAAACUCAACCAAAUGUAAAUAUUAUACAUAUAUGUAUAUAUCUUUUCUUUUUUUUUUUUUUUGUAAAAUAUAAAAAUGUAUAAUAAAAAACACCAAAAUAGUGUUUUUGUGUAAAUAGGUUUAUUUUUUCCUUCCAUUAUCUUUUUGUUAAAAUUGCAUUGCUUUCAAUUGAAAUGAAACGAUACAAUUAAGCUAAUUACUUUUAUAAUAAUUAUUUAUAAUUUUAUAUAAAAUAUAUAUAUAAAUUUUGUUACAUAUUAAUAUUUAAUAAUGAUCAGAUUGCUUUAAAAAAUGUAAUAUAUUUUAGUUAUAUUAGAAUGCUGUUUAUACAUUUUGAAUAAUAUAUAUUAUAUUCAUAAGUCUAUAAAGAAAUAUUUCUUUUUUAUGUUUGUACAUUUAGUAAUUUAACAAAUUAAAUAUUAUUUCAAAAAAAUUAUAAUUAUGUAAAAAUACAGAUAUUUUUCAAUUAAAGUACAUAAGUAAAUUUUUUUAAAUAUAAUAGGUAUGUAUUAUUACUGUAAAAUAAAUUGUUUAGAAUUUAAAGUUUAAUAUUUUUGUGCGAAU